AGUAGUGCCUCGCGUCCUCGUACAGCAAAUCGUUCCGUGUCAAGUUGUGAGUGUUGUAAAAAAACAUACUAUAUUUUUUUUCUGACAAAAAAAUGUGCCAGUAGUUACGUUUUACCUAAAUAAUCAAAAUGGGUUCGAAAAUCGAGUACGUGGACUCAUCACACUUAUACGCUACAAACUACGUUCGUAAUUCGAAAGCGAUCGGUGUACUUUGGGCCAUAUUCACUAUUUGCUACGCGAUUAUAAGCGUUGUGGCGUUCGUGACACCGGAAUGGAUCGGUGAUUUGGAAACCGAGUAUCCGAGGAAGUUUGGCUUGUGGCAAAUUUGCAGGGCUGAUGACUCUGUGGAGGACUGUAAAGGACGUCUCGAUGAUUUCAUGUCAAUAAACGGUUUCGUGUUCAAAGUAGCGACGGUAUUAGUGGGAGCGGCAGUCGCUUUGGCCUUGUUUACGAUAUGUGCCAUGCUCCUGUUUUUCUUCUGUCAGUCAACGACUGUAUUCCACAUAUGCGGAUGGCUUCAAUUGUUCUCUGCUAUUUGCAUGAUCGCGGGGGUGGCAGUCUACCCCGCGGGGUGGAGCGAGACCGCCGUGCAAGAGACUUGCGGACCCACUGCCGACCAGUAUAAUAUUGGUCGCUGUCACAUCCGCUGGGCGUACCUACUGGCAGUUAUAGGGUGUCUCGACGGCAUCGUACUCGCUGCCCUUGCCUUUAUCCUCGCGACACGACACGUCAAAUUACAGCCUGAUACCGCCUAUCCCACAUCCUCAUUAUACAAAGGUGAAGUAAACAACGCAUACGUCACGGAUGCAACAUCCGUGUCCGGGUCUAGGAAAUCGCUCGCCCUUCAGCCCGUCUUACUGAUGCACCCUCACACGCCACUCGACAUGGACACCUAUUCGCACUACUCCGGAAGAACAGCGCGUUCCAAGCAUGGCAUUUAUGCUAACACUAUGCAUAAUUACCAACUUUAACUACGUAGUUCUUACGAAUUUCGCUAGAUAGCGUCAACUUUAAUUACCUAGAUUACCAUCUUUGACCACCUAGUUCUUAUAAAUUACGCUAGAUGGCACUAAUCCAGAUUUAUCAAAAUCGCACCUCAAUUGUUUUCGUAAUUUGUCUAGAGAUCGCUCUUUGUCAUUAGUUUUUCGAUAGAUGGCGUUAGCAUCGAAUAAUCCGUGGUAACUAUAAUAAUUUUUCCUUUGUAUGUAUCUUGCCAACAGAUGGCGUCAAUUGUUGUGAAUUGUAAACUUUUGUAUCGAGCUCAAUAACUAUCAAAAGAUUAAAUUAAAUUAGGUAUUACCGUAAAACGAUAAUUCAAUAUAUAAGACAUUAAUUUGUUCUAGUACCUUAUAAUAAAUAAUAUUUAAAUUGUAUUAUAGUAUAUGUAAUGUAAAUAGAUAUACUUUUUGUAUUAGUUUGGAGUACUUAGUAUUUAAUAUAGGAUAAAGCAACCAAUGUACAACGAUGUUACUUGUGCCUUGAAUUUAUUGAAUUUUGAUAAAAAUGUUUAAUAAAGUAUAGUUUAUCGUAA